UGACAGUUGACAUUGACGUCAAUUUUUAUUUUUUAGGUCUUAAAUAAAAAAGGAAUAUAGGGGAGUAUUUAUUAAGAUGUAUUAUUUUCUAAAAGAAUAAGGAACAUCUCAACAUACUUCGAAAACUAAAAGGCCAUCAUGGCCAGUGAAGAACAUAAGCAAUUAGCACAAUUUUUAAAAACUGUUCACUCAACUCUAAGAAAUACAACAGCUGCUGUAGGAAGUGAUAGAGCAUGGCAUAAUCAUUGCAGUAACAAAGAUGUUUUACUUACAUAUGCAAAAUUCAUGCAGAGGCUAGCUACCACUCAUUGGGAAGAAAACUCAUGUAAUGAGUUCAGUUCAGCCUCUUCCCGUAUUAAAUGGUCUGCAGAUUUUUCACAUGAUUACUUUGUCAAGAAGUCCUUCGAAAAAUGUACAGAAAAAGAAGUAGAAAUUGGAGAAAAAAUUGGUAUCGUAAUAAAUAUAAAAGAACAAUUUUCUGAACCAUUCAAACUUCUUGAUGUUGGAAGUUGUUAUAAUCCCUUUAAAACAUAUGAUUUUUUAGAUGUAUUAGCCAUUGAUCUAUGUCCUGCCAAUGAAUAUGUGAUGGAAUGUGAUUUUCUGCAAGUUUUAAUUGGAGCAGAUACAAAGUUAAUUAAAAAUAAAGUAGAGCAACUGCAAGAAAAUUAUUUUGAUAUUGUAACUUUUUGUUUUCUCUUAGAGUACAUUCCAACCUCGGAAAUGAGAAUAAAAGCAUGUGAAAAUGCAUAUAGACUAUUAAAAAUCGGUGGCUUAUUAUUAAUUAGCACUCCAGACUCCAAACAUGUGGGAGCUAAUAGUAAAUUAAUGAAAUGCUGGAGACAUACAUUAGCUACUUUAGGGUUUUCUAGAAUUAGAUAUGAAAAAUUCAGACAUAUGCAUUGUAUGGCAUUUAGAAAAUGUUUACAUAAAGACAUUGCUGUUAGAUGGGCUAUUCUUCACAAAGAAUCAUAUAUGGAUGGUUCUUUGCAUAUUCCACAAGACUUUUCAAAUACAAAACGGGAAAUCACUAAAAAUCAUAAUGUAGAUAUUGAAAUCAAAGAUUUUGCAGAACUUCCAUUUAACAAUUCAUGCUUUGUAGAACACUGAAAAUGUUUUGAAAAGACUUAAAAAAUGAUUGAUAACUAUGCACUGUUGUUAUUUUUGAGUGUUCAAAUACUUUGAUGGGAGAUGAGUAAUCAUAAUGAGCUAUCAAACGGAAAUAUAUUUUUACAUUCAAAGUUAUUGUUUUUUUCUUUAUAAUCUGUGCCCACAUUUGUAUUUGCUGGGACAACAUUUAGGUUUGCUGGUUAAGAAUUUAUAAGUCUCA